AUGCUCAUGCUCUCUAUCAGCGUUUUGCUGUGCGCAGUUGGCUUGGCCUUGAUGCCGAUUUUGACGGAUCUUUGGCUCUUGAUCAUUAUUGUGACGAUGACGGGAAUUAUUGCUGGAUACAUUGAUGCAGCGAUUCAGUGCAUUAUGUUGAAAGUCUGGGGAGCAAAGAAAUCGGCGUCGAUUUUGCAGCUUCAUCAUUUUACCUUUUCUAUCGGUGCUUUUCUCUCUCCGAUUUUAGUGACACCAUUCUACAGCGGCGACGAUGAUGUUUGCGUCGACGAUACUGAUGACAACAACGACCCAGUAUGCAUUGGAAUAGGCGACAAUAAUGCAAUUUUGACCCCAUUUCUCAUCUCUGCUGGUUUCAUCGCGGCUGUUUUCGGUCUGAUGAUUUGGCUGUAUUUUGUCGACAUCACGGAGAAAAUCAAGGAAGACAAUCAAGAAUCCGCGGAUGAACGAAAAGAAGAUGCUCUUGGUGAUUUAUGGCAUUACUUUAUCCCCGUGAUCGUUUUCUACUUCUGCAUUGUUUCUGGUGAAAAUGUUUAUCAGUCGAAUAUCUUUUCGUAUGCUGCGUGUAAAGUCGGAUGGGACAGUCGGAACGCUUCGAUUCUCAAUUCGAUCUUUUGGGCUGGAUUCGGAAUUGGCCGGGGAUCAGGAAUUUUCUUCAGCCGUCUUUUACGACCAAGAACAUACAUCCUCAUCGACCUGUUAAUUUGCGCUCUAACGGCAACUUUUCUCUCAAUUUUCCCCACUAACGAAAUCAUGCUCUGGAUUGGCUCCUUCACUUACGGCCUUGGAAUCGCAACACUGUACUCUUGCGGAAUCAGUUACAGUCACGAGCUGACGAAUGUCUCGGGAAAGUGGAUAGUCGUUUUUGGAAUUGGAAAUGCCAUCGGAGCAAUGUCGAUGCCGAUCGUUGGAACGGCUCUUGUGUUUGACUCCGGAAGUCCAGAAUCGCUGAUGUAUCUUCUCGCCGGUCUUACAGGGCUGAACAUUCUGGCGUUUGGUGGAAUGCAUCUUUUGGGGACUGUUUUUGGUCCUUUGCCAAAGCUGCUCAGAAAAACCGCGGAAAAAGAAUCUUCAUUUUAG